AGCCCAUUCUGACCCAUCCUGAAUCCUGCUUGGUUUUUCCUAUGUCCAGGACAUAAAUCUUCUGCCACCGAUUGCCGGCGAAGAAUGGCGACGACGACGAAGGCCUCAGCGAUCGGUGGGUCCUCCUCCAUCUCAGCUUCAGAGGCCUUAAUUGUACAACUGCUAUGCGGGUUUGGCCUGGCUUUUGCACUUUGGGUGGCUGACAACGUCUACUCUAUUCACCUUGUUACUGAGCCGUCCCGUACCUUAUUUUUGAUCUGGAUUAUAGAGCUGCCAAUUGUGAUACUCCUUUAUAGUCGCUACCGACAGAAUCGUAAAUGUUGCACGUACCUGCGAGCUGUAGGACGAGGCUUGCUGGCACUGCCAGUAGGGGCAGCAAUAAAUUUUGUAGGAGCUGUUGCUUUGGGGGCGCCUGUUACAACACAGUAUAUACCAAAGACAGUUAACUGGUCUCUUAUGAUGUCAUUAUUCACAACCGUUCCGGCUUCAUGUGUUAUUGGUUCAUCAUGGGCUGAUUGGAGACGAAUAUUUGCACAGACAAAGCCUAAGGGAUCAAUUGAGUAUUUAAUUUGUCUACCAGCUCAUGGAGCAGUGAUUGGGGGCUGGUUUGGGGCUUGGCCAAUGCCACUUGAUUGGGAGAGGCCAUGGCAGGAAUGGCCUAUUUGUGUAAGCUAUGGAGCGAUAACUGGUUACCUGGUGGCAAUGGUUGCGUCAAUAGGCUUUGUAGUUGCUCAUACCAGAUCGUGUCUUCCCAAACGGGACUAAAAUCCCAUCCUCUGAUCAUUGUAAACUUACUCACGACUCAUGUCCAAGUCUGACGGUUAUAUUAAUUAUUUGACACCUUACUUCAUAGUUCAUACUAUAGAUUCAAAAAUUCAUUGCCCCUCAUGUUUUGUAGUUGAGGAGUUGGAUAGGCCUGUUUUAUUAAUUAUUUGUUAUUGAUAUUAUUUAGUUAUAAGCUUAUCCUUGCGAAUGAAAAAGGGUACACAUUAUCAUAGCAGAAAGACAUUUUUUCCCCCCAAUUAUGCUAGUUAAACAGACAUUUAUAACGUCUGUAUAUGUAAUUUACGAUGAAUUAUUUGUAUCAUUUUGCAUCAUUCUCUGUAUUA